AUGAUUUUUUGCCUUUUAGCGUUCUCACUUUCUGUCGUUUUAGGGAUGGACCUUGGAAGUGAAAAGAUUCGAGUAGCUGCAUUAAGAUCUCCUACUCAGAUGUCAAUUUUGCUUGAUAACAGCUCAAAUCGAUAUUUCAGAUCGACAUUUACAGUGGUUCCUAAUGAGAAAGGUCCUAUAAAGCUCAUUGAUGCUUACAACUUCGGAAACAAUGCAUAUUAUUUCGAUAAUCAACAAAUGGAGAAAAAAUUUCCUCAACAUACAACUCGAUAUUAUAAUGAUUUCGUAGGCAAAAUAUUGACAGACGAAAUGAAAGACAUCGCAAAACAACGAAAGAUUGAAUCAGAAUUUGUUCCAACUUCAAAUUUUAGAUUUACAACUAAUGGAAUUUAUCCAGAAUACUUACUUUACAGAACAUUUAACAUCAUCAACUCAACAGCCAGAGCCCUCGAACCACCAUUGGUCGCAAAAACAGCUUAUAUCGCUGUUCCAAAAUUUAUGAUGCAACAGAAAGAAAAUCA